AUGGGCGCCUACAAGUACCUCCAGGAGAUGUGGCGCAAGAAGCAGUCCGACGUGAUGCGCUUCCUCUCCCGCAUCCGGGCCUGGGAGUACCGCCAGCUGCCCGCUCUCCACAGGUGCUCGCGGCCGACGCGCCCUGACAAGGCGCGCAAGGUCGGGUACAAGGCCAAGCAGGGCAUCCUGUGCUACCGUGUCCGCGUGAAGAGGGGAGACCGAAAGAAGCGCGUGGCCAAGGGCAUUGUCUACGGGAAGCCCACGAACCAGGGCGUCAAGCACUGGAAGACGGUCCGGAACCUGCGGAGCAUCGCCGAGGAGCGCGCCGGGCGCAAGCUCGCCAGCCUCCGCGUGCUGAACUCGUACUGGGUGGCCCAGGACUCCACGUACAAGUGGUUCGAGGUUGUGAUGGUGGACCCCAUGCACAAGUGCGUGCGCGACGACCCGCGGCUCAACUGGAUCUGCAAGAACGUGAUGAAGCACCGCGAGCUGCGCGGCCUCACCGCCGCGGGCCGCAAGGCACGGGGCCUCCUCAAGAAGGGCAAGCGCGCCUCCAAGCUCCGCCCGUCGUACAAGGGGCACUACAAGAAGACCAACAAGAUGCGCCUGCGCAGGUGGCGCUGA